UGCGCUGCAGGGCGGGGGAAGCGGCCGCGCAGGGUGUGCGCAGCUGCCGCCGGUGCGUGGGGCCGCCGAUGGAGCCUCCCCCCGGCGCCGCAGAAAAUUCAAAGCUGAGACAUGUAGAAAAAGAUGUUUUGAUACCACAAAUAAUGAGGGAUCGAGCCAAGGAGCUGUGUUCAGAUAAGGUGCAAGCAUUUACUAAAUGCUGUCAAGAAACUGGUCUUCUGAUGGUGGUGAAGUGUCGGCAGGAGAACACAGCACUGAAGGACUGUCUGGUUGGCCACUAUUCUGAUCCGUCAUUCUAUGAAGAAUGCAAAGCAGAGUAUUUGAAGCAAAGAGAAGAAUACAGAGCAACUGGAAUUAAGAAGAAAAGACAGAAGCUUAAUCCAAAUGUAUAAUUAAAACUUAAAAUGAACUUUUCAAAUUUCAUAUGCAACUUGGAUUUCACUUGAUUUAAACAGACUUAAAUCAUCUGUACCCUUCUGUGUGGAGUUUAACUGAAAUACACAAGAUGAAUGGAGAAUAAAAUAACAUCUGAAAUUAAGAAUUAAUUUUAAAUUUUUUUGUAGUUAAAGAUCUAGAGCAUGCUGUCACAGUUUGCAAGAGAAGUUGCAAAGGUGUGUUCCUCUAUCUGGACUUGUGAUUUUAUUACCAGUGUACAAUUUGGAGUUUACAAUUCCAGAAUGUCCAUUUGGAGUUUAAAGCUUCUAUCUAGUUAUGUGAGCCAGGCUACAUAAAAAACUUAAGGGUGAAUAAUUUAGAUUGUAUUAACUGAUCACAGAUUGGGUAUACAUUAAAGUUGGUCUCUUAGCCAUCACCUGAAGCUGAGUGUGUAUGAAGAUGCACUUGCUAGAAGAGGAGGGUGGCAAAUGCAGAAGAGCUGCUCAGACUGGUGUGAAUUACUCUUUUCAUCAAAAUGGUGUCGGAUGAGAGCCUGGUAGUACUUGUGCCUGCACUGUGACACAUUUUUAAGUCUACACUGUGACUCACUUUUAAGUCUACGCUGUCAGAAGGGAUGGAUGCCGUAUGCUUGUGCACGGCCCGACUGACCAUUUCAGCUCUAGAUGAGGCAGUAAUCUCAUCCAGGCCUUCCUUGAGAACAGGGAAUAAGAUGCCAUGCUUCAGGAGUGAGCAGUGACCACACUUGCAAAAUUAUUCCAGGCAGAGGUGAGUAAACAACUAAACCAGGCACCUAAGAUGCAGAACUCUGUAAACCAGAACUAAAAUGCACUUAGUUCUCUUGCAGGAACUAAGUGUAAAGCAAGUGCCUAAUUUAAAAAGAGCACAUAAAGGAUCUUUUCGUGUAGUGAUACUUGAAGCUGCUUAAUUAUAGAACUCUCAAAUGCUUAAAUGUCUUCACUAGAGCUACUAAUAUAAAGUUUUACAAACUAUCUUGGAAUAUCCUCCAAGCAUUCUGAAAUAAAAAUAAAUUCUUUACAAGGAAAGGCUGCACUUAAAAUUUGGUAACUUUAAUGCCCUGAUUAAAGAAAAAAAAUUUUGAGGAAGGAAUGGGAUUUGAUACUGUUCCAUUAGAAGAGGCAACAUUGUACUUGUUUAUUUUAAUACUGUUUCACCACACACACAGUAUUCUUCUGAAGCUAUUCAAGAAGGAAACUCAGACUGACGCAUGUAUAUAGAGGAUUUCAUGCUGCAGGUUAGUCAUUGCCCUUUAUUCUGUGCCUUUUACUGAGUAAUCAUUAAUAAUGUUGCUUCUGCAGAUUGGGUGGAGGACUGGGGAACACUUGCAAAUGGGAAAGAUGUGUAGCAUUCUGCCUUGUUAGGCAAACUUAAGUGGCACUCAGCUCUAACCUUGAAAUAGCUUAUGUGGAACAGAGUCCUACACAUGUUCUUGGCUUCUUAGCUCAAGCAUUUUGGAAAAGAAAAAUAUUCCCAAUGAGUUGUUUUGCUGUAUGUAUUUUUAAAAGGAGGAAAUUUGAGGUAAAGGGUGAAAUGUGUGACUGUUCUGUUAUCCGACUAUGAAAAUCUGCUGUAUUUUCAACCUCUGGAAAGGCAGCCUGGGUGUUUGUUAAGUGUUGGCAAAAGCCCUGCCGCAGAGGAUUGGCGUGGGAGUGAGCAUUCUCGUAGGGGCACUGCUGGGUGCUGCCAGUGGUGUGUGCCUGCACUGAGAGCUCACCUGGGUCAUACUCAGCUAUGACUCAGGUCUGAGUCAGACAACAGCACCAGUAGAAAUUGUGUGCAGCAGGUGAGGGGGACCCCCAGUGCAGUGACCAGGAUUGCAGGGGAGGAAUGAAUGCGUCGAAUGGAAAAAAGCCCAAGUGAACCUGCAGGUAUUGCUCCCCACCCUUUGAUACAGGCUGUAUGUGAACAACAGCCAUAACUCACAUCUGCACUGAUCUGCACACCUGAAAUUCCAUGAACUGGAUGGUGCUGUCAGCCAUUUAUUUCUCUUUUCCUACAUCUGGAUUAUUGCAGCUCCUCUGUUUGCCCUAGGAUGCACUCAGAGCAAGGAUUGGCCCUUGGAUCAGGCAUCAGCUUCCUCUGUAAUAUACCCUUAGCCUUAAUGUGAUGUUCCCUAGUUUUGAAUUCUUGGUUUCACACCUUUCAUUUUGUUAGUAUGUUGUGCAUAUCCUGUACUUGAAUUGCAUUUACAUCUUUUAUUAAAGUUUAAAUGAAAGAAUGAAUACCAUGACAUGACAAACUCAUACCACUAAAUUACUUUCAUUUUUGGUUUUGUCUCAGCUGCAAACUCUCCUUCCUACUCAGGUUAACUGGAGGCAGCCCUAGAUUCUAAGCAAUGUAAGGAAACACCAGUACUAUUGGCAAAGUCUUCAGCUGUGCUGCAGCAGGGAACUGGAAGUUUGAGUAUUUUUUAAAAACCGCUUUUGUUUUGUCAGAAGUUACUUGUGACUGAUGAGAGGGUACAACUGUGGAAGCCUGGCUUGUCUUAACCCCCUCAGCCCCUCCACCUCCCAACUAUACAAAAUGUGGUAACUGCCUGUACUUACAGAGAGCAGCCAGCUCUUGGUGAUGAGGCAGGGAGCUGUACAGAUGUGCAGUACUUCAUCUGGCCAUCUCCUGCUAAGGGAUUGCAACUCUAAUUAAUGGUCCCUAGAUACUUUUCUUUUUUGGUAAUUUUGAAAUAAAUGAUUCUUACACAUUAUUAUUAUUCUGCAUAGGAGUAAACAAUUAGGAAUAAUUAUGAAUUAUUCUACGUGUGUCUCCAGUGUUUUCAAGGUAAUUUAUCUAUAUAGAAAGGUGGCAGAAGUGUACAGGCAGGAACAGCCAAAGUCUGAAGCAUGGCAAUAUCCCUCACCCAUCAUAGUUAAUAUUUGAGUAAAAGCAUCUGACGUUUUCUAACAUGACCUUCUAAAAAAUGAAGGUGGCAUUACCAAGUGUUUACCAGCCCAGUUUUAAGCCUGCCUGUUACAGCUUGUGCAGCUUCUGUAAAGUUGCAGGGCUUUCACUAUGGCUGUAUGAUGAUCCUGCACCCCUUGCUUGCCCCUUGUAAUGGCAACCACGUGCUCAGCCAGCUUCAAACCCUCCCCUGGCAAGGCGCUGAUGAUUGCCAUUGAUGGAGUAAGGCCUUAAAGGUCAAAGGCUGAACACCCUUGCACAGCAUCUGUCGCUGUUCCUGCAGCACAGGGCCUAUCUGUCCUCUUCAGAAUACUUGGCAAGCACCCAAGACACUCCCCAUUUUUUACUGGAGGCUGCACUCUCUUGGUGUAUUAAAGGUCUCUUCAAACUGCUGAGGGAAGCACGCUACACAUAGAAGACCUGAGAGGAAGGAGGGAGAAGGUGCCUUAUACUUCCUUAAAAGUUUGCCUUCACAGAGUGAAACGCAAACUCAGAAGGAAGGUGAGGGGCAGUUUGUAAGGCACAGGGUUUUCAAAGGGGAGUGGAACAGCCGACCACUGCAGUCUGAGAUAUCACCCAGAGAUUAACCUGCAAGCCAGAAACCCAUUCUGCUCCACAUUUAGUACAGCCAUACUCCUCCUCAGGUAAUUCCUGCAGGUAAUUCCUGUGGCCUGUUUAGUCUGCUGAUCAAAAAAUGGUCAAAUACACUUGGAAUGUAAGUGUUCCACCCAGAUAAAAUUCAGUUCAGUAACAGUAAACAUCUGGGAGUUUCUUGCAUGCUUCUCCGUAGAUCAAACAACCAUACUAAAACAUGAUGAUCUUACCACUUUAAUUACUGUAUCUUAAUGUUUGACUUGCCCUCUUCCAUCUUAAAAUACAAUUAAAUUCAUUUUGCUGGA